AUGUUCUUAUUGAAGUGUAACGAAAGUCAUCUGAAGCCAUACUUGCCGAUUAUUGCUGGUAAAGAGCGUUAUCCAGUUAUCAGAGACAGUAAUGGUAUUGUCUUGUCUAUGCCACCAAUUAUCAACGGUGAACAUUCAAAAAUUCAUUUGGGUACACGUAAUAUAUUCAUCGAAGCCACAGCCACAGACCUGCAGAAGGCAGUGAUCGUCUUAGAUACGGUUGUUACGUUGUUCAGUCAGUAUUGUGAGAAACCAUUC